AAACCGAUAGAUGUCGGCACGGAGUACACUGCAUACUGUCAUAACCUAUAAUUUGUAGCGUGUUUAGUAAACACAACUUCAUACUUCAGUAAUAUUACUGAUACUUAUUUUAUUCACGAUGUUCGAGGCACAUAGUAUCAAUGCAGAGCACAAAGAUCUCAUACAUGACAUCGCUUACGAUUAUUAUGGAGAACGAAUGGCGACAUGUUCCAGUGAUCAAUUUGUUAAGGUUUGGGAUGAAGAUGAACACGGAAAUUGGCACUUGACUGCUUCUUGGAAGGCUCACAGUGGUUCAGUAUGGAAAGUUACUUGGGCGCAUCCUGAAUUUGGUCAAGUACUUGCUACAUGUUCAUUUGAUCGAACUGCUGCUGUUUGGGAAGAAAUCGUUGGCGAAGGGUCUGGGCCAGAGGCACGUGGCAGCAAGCAUUGGAUCAAAAGAACAAAUUUAGUUGACUCCCGCACCUCAGUCACGGAUGUAAAAUUUGCACCAAAGAUUUUAGGUCUCUUAUUGGCCACUUGCAGCGCAGAUGGAUUUGUUCGGAUAUAUGAGGCACCAGAUAUCAUGAAUUUGAGCCAGUGGACGUUACAACAUGAUAUCAAUUGCAAACUUUCAUGUAGCUGUCUUUCAUGGAAUCCAUCUCUUUCAAGAUUACAUCCACCUAUGAUAGCAGUCGGUAGUGACGAUCCAAAUCCAACGCUUGGAGCGAAGGUCUUCAUUUACGAAUAUUCUGAGAGCAGUAGACGUUGGAUGAAGAUGGAGACAUUGUCGAGUGUUACGGAUGCCGUUUACGAUAUUGCAUUUGCUCCUAAUUUAGGCAGAAAUUUCCACACACUAGCCAUAGCUACGAAAGAUGUACGGAUAGCUACGUUGAAGCCGACGCAGGACAGUUCGCAGUCUGGUGUAUCGCAGUUCGAAACGAAUAUAGUCGCGCAAUUCGAUGAUCAUUACUGUACCGUGUGGCGUGUUAGCUGGAAUUUUAUGGGAACAAUUUUAGCGAGUUCCGGCGACGACGGCUGUGUCCGAUUGUGGAAAGACAAUUUUAUUAACCACUGGAAAUGCAUUUCGGUCCUCAAAGGGGACGGCACCCCGGUACAGGGUGCCGAAACUCCCCUUUUAGCGACUCCGCCGACUUCGUCCACGCCGGCACAGCAGACGCCGUCUACCACCAGGGUCGUAAGCGUAGCCACAGUUACGGCGGAGAAGCCGAUAGCUACCACUGUGUGCAAUAAUAAGUGGCAACCGCCCGUUAUAAAGGGACGCUUUAGUAAAUCUGUGUGGCUCGGUAAUCCCAGCGAACCGACGCCGCCACCGCCACCGAUCGUAACAAAGAAAUAAUUAGGAACGAUCGUCCGCGACUUAGCAAUGUGAUUUAGUAUUAUUCUAAAAUAAAUGCGAUAUGUCGAUUUUGAUUUUUAAUCGAUUGUGAUAACGCAUAAUUCAAUAUACUUGCAUGCGAAAUUGUUUUUCAUAGUUUAAUCGAUUAGUCUUUCAUAGUAAUUCUGUGGUUGCAUAUCGAUAAACCGAUUGUGAUAGUUGCUCUUUUAUAAGAACUGUAUAAUGUAUGAAUGCAUGAGUUGGGUUGAAAUUGAAAUAUCUUAUAUUUUUUUAGAAUUUUAUUUUUUUAUCGAUAUUUUAAAAUUGAAUUCCUUUACAGGAUCUCGAAUUUGUGAGAGCAUUCUAUCAAAGUAGAAUUUUUUGAUAAAUAUAUUUUUAGAGGUCUUCUCCGAUUACUUAGCUAUUUUACUUGAUAUUGUUUCUAUUUUUGAGAAUUAUUAUUUACACCGAUUGCCUUUCAUCCGGGGACAUCGUUAGCUGGCUAUACAAAUACUAUAGAAUAUAAAAUUAUGUAAACAUGAUACACUUUUACAUAGCUUAUAAAGCAUUCUUUUUUUUGAAGAAUACGUGGUA